GAAACUAACAAAAUUUUAUUUUGUUGUUGUGCGCUUGGUGAUCGACAUCGACAGCUACAGAUUCUAGAAGUAAGCAGUUCUCGAUUGUAGUUUUUUAGCCUACUAUGAACAGCGGUCGACAUGGCUGAGGUGGCUACGCCGAAAACAUCGGCUUCCGAGCCUCCACGUGGACGACCCAAAUCUGGUCGUGUGUGGAAAGAAACGCAGACAGCAAGGUACAGCAGUGUUGUGGAUGUCAAGCCGCUAAGGACAAGCUGGAAGAAGAAGCAAGAGCAGAGAGCGGAACUCAAGCUCAUCAAGCAGUUGGACCGUGAGGCCAAGGAGGCCAAGAACAAAGCCAAGGAAGAUAAGAGGAAGAGGGAAGAAGAGAACAAGCGUCGGCGCGAGGAAAACGAGAAGAAGUCACAGAUAGUUCAGAAGAUCACCAGACUCGACACCCUGAAAAGGAUGAAGAAGAACAAGAAAAUGCAAAAGAAGCUCCAAAUCAGAUAGUACACCCAGUGUUCUCAGAUAGUACACCCAGUGUUCUCAGCAGCAGCAGCAGCAGCAGCAGCAACAAUACUAUUUUUAAACACGAAACUCUGAGUCACGAUAACAAGAUUGGUCUCUAUUGUUCUGCCUCGUGUAGUGCACUCUGCCCUUGUUAGGGGAUCGAGCACUCUUUGCAGCAAGGACCUGAGGCACUUUCAGUUACGACCGUUAUCGUGCAGAUGCUUGAUAGUCGCUGGCCAAGCCCCAUGCAUCUGUCAGCAGCUAUGCUCAGCUGAGAUGUGUACUAUGCAUUGUAUUUAGCUAUUUACAGUGUUCACACCACAUCUGCCGGGCAUAUAAGAUCGAUGCCCUCUACUCCAGGCUAGACCUGCACUGCUACAAGGCUAUGUCGCCUGGUGCCUUGUCUGCAAGCCACACGUGUGCAAUAUGCCAACUGUUCCGGGUGACCAACCCCGGCCGGGCCAAGCCUGCAACUUACUUUCUUCUGCUGAACAUGUGGCCUUUGUUAUGUGUGUGUGUGUGUGUGUGUGUGUGUGUGUGUGUGUGUGUGCCUGUGUCUUGGCUAUGUACUGCUUUUGCAAGAUCUUUCAACAUGACACACUCUGCACUGCAAUACAGUGCUGCUUGGUCGAUGCGUCUGCACCUUGAUUCUUGAAGGUGGUCGUAAUGGCAUUCUACUCCGACGCCGGAUGCAGAAAGCUCAUUAGACAUGGUUAGCAUUUUACCGUUCACCCUGA